CAAUUCAACAAUGUCUGCAUGAUGUCUGCCUGACAUUUUGACUUUUGUGCUUUAUCGCUAAUUAUGAUAUUAUUUUAUUCUUCAGCUAUUUAAGUCAAAUUAAUGCUAUGUAUUAUUCACCACGAUGCCUUGAGGAGCCUUAGGGCCUCAUGAUUUGUAGUGUGAUAUUAUUAAAGUGCAGUGUAACACUAUAAGUGAAGGUAAAAAUGGAUUCGGAGGGAUCCAGUUCUGGUCUGCCGGGUUCAGACAACCAAGAUUCCAAUGAGCCCACCCCUCCAGGAACCGUUAUAAGCUUUAAGAGUACUCCACCCACUCUCCCCCGCAAACUGCUCCCGUCAUCUAAAGGAGUGGAGAAUGCAAAGAAACGUCUCCGAGCAUUUUCUAUACAGAAGAAGACACCAAUCACUGCUGUCCCGCUGGCCAAGCCUGCGAGUUCACCUGCAGGGACAGGUAGCACAGUGUUGAUCGGUAAGUUGUCGAGUGUGAAGCCUGUGCCUCCCAAGGUCGUUGAAGAUGAGAGCAAGAAGUUGGCGAAGCCACCUAAACCUGGAGCAAACAGAAAGAAUUUUCAGGACUCCUACACGGAGUUGCAGAAACGCACGCUCGCUGAGAUUGAAGACAUGAAGCGUAAGAUGGAGCUAGUGGAUCUGGGCAUUCCACUGGGGCUUAUCUGUCCCAGCUCCACCAACGAGCAGGCCAUGCCCACUAAAGCCAUGCCGCCGAUUAAGACCUUUUUGGAUGCGAGUAAAGUCGACGAGAUAAUUAGAGACGCAAAGAAAGCGAGGGCUGAAGGCAAAGAGUUCAAAUUCGACUACCAGAAGAUUCUGCCCGACUACGACAACCCCUUCCAGCGUAAAAUUAGAGACGAAGGCGAGAAGGAAAAAGAAGAUGCAGCAGAAAAAGAACAGAUACACAAAUCUCCUCGACCUCCAAAACUUAACAGAAUAUCUGUCAGCAGGAGUAGGGACAGUAAGAGGAAAAGUGACAGAUACGAGAGUUCCAGGAGACAUUCUGACAGAUAUGAUAGAUCUAGAAAAAGCGAUAGGGAUAGAUAUAGAGAGAAACAUGAUAAAAGUAGAGAAAAAGACUCUAAGAGAGAAACUAAAGAUUCAACAAAAAGCGGAGGUUCAGAGAGUGUAGUCGAUCAAGACCCGAAAGAGACAGAUGUUAAUCUCAGCGAUUACUUGGUGUGUGACAGUUGGUCGUUGGACAAUGAUGACAAAACCGCGAGUCCUCAAGUUGAUGACAAAUCUAAAGCGACUCCUACAAAAGAAAAGAAAUCUGAAGAGUCUAGAACUGCAAAAGAUUUAGACAAAAAGAAAGAGGAGGAGAGGAGGAUGGAGAAAGAAGCAAUUUUAAAAGCAGUCGACAGCCCAUGUCUCAUAAAGAUAGAAAAACUACAACCUGUCAUUGAUUCCUUUGAAUAUGAAAUAGAUCCUAAUGAAGACGAUAUAUUGUUUGAUGAGCAUUCUAAACCAGAAUACUUUGCUAAAGUUAAACCUAAGAAAAGUUUCGAUUACAACCAAGAUACAAACAUGUCUGACAGUUUAGCUGAUGACAAUUUCCUAGAAUCAGUCAUAAAUGAAAUUAAACAAGAAAAUAUAAGUGAUGAUGAAAGUCAAGAUAAAGGUUUAGUUGAAUAUGAUUCUCCUAUAGUUGACUUUAAAUGUCAAGGCACGCCUGAACUAGAUGAUGAUAGCAGGCAACGUUUAAGUCGAACAAGUGACUAUAGCGAUAGCUACAGAUCUACUGACAGUGGCUGUAAGAGUACUGAAAGUGGAUACAGGAGUACAGAGAGUGGAUAUACCUCUAAAAGUGAAAGAGAGAAAAGUUCAGAAAAGAAGAGUAAAGGUAGAAAAGAUAGCAAGAACACAGCAGAGGAGAAGGUGUUUUUGUCGGUAGAGAAGGUACAUGAUGAGACGUUAGAGAGGAAGGUGUCAAGGUCCACAAUAGUGUCGCUGGAAAUGUGGGACUUUGUGCUCAAGAUAUGCCAGCCGCUGCUGUUCCGGCAUGACAAAACUAAAUGUUACAAACAAACCCGCGUGCAGCCCAGCGUGUGGUGGGCGGCGCGGCCGACGGCCUGCAGCUGCGUGCGCGGGCGCGGCGUCGUGCUCAGCGAGCUGCGCGCGCAGCGCAUGGCGCUCGUGGACCGCGUCUACUCCACCGACCAGACCCGCGUGCAGCCCAGCGUGUGGUGGGCGGCGCGGCCGACGGCCUGCAGCUGCGUGCGCGGGCGCGGCGUCGUGCUCAGCGAGCUGCGCGCGCAGCGCAUGGCGCUCGUGGACCGCGUCUACUCCACCGACCACGUGUGGUGGGCGGCGCGGCCGACGGCCUGCAGCUGCGUGCGCGGGCGCGGCGUCGUGCUCAGCGAGCUGCGCGCGCAGCGCAUGGCGCUCGUGGACCGCGUCUACUCCACCGACCACGUGUGGUGGGCGGCGCGGCCGACGGCCUGCAGCUGCGUGCGCGGGCGCGGCGUCGUGCUCAGCGAGCUGCGCGCGCAGCGCAUGGCGCUCGUGGACCGCGUCUACUCCACCGACCAACAGACCCGCGUGCAGCCCAGCGUGUGGUGGGCGGCGCGGCCGACGGCCUGCAGCUGCGUGCGCGGGCGCGGCGUCGUGCUCAGCGAGCUGCGCGCGCAGCGCAUGGCGCUCGUGGACCGCGUCUACUCCACCGACCAGAUAUCAGACGGCCCAUUCUCAACCAAACGCAGCUGGUAUCCGCCCCUAGAGCAGUGCCUCGCCGAGAAUAUCACUAUACUAUCUAGAGAAGAGGCGUUGCCCCCCAUCGAGGGGGCUCUGCCCCAAAAAGAAGGAGCGUUGCCUCAAAAUGAGACCAGCGUAGAAGGAAUCUCGCUUUGUAUAAAGGGGGUUGAGGGGGUGCGGCCCCGCGCUGAGGGAUCAGAGGUGAAGACCCGCGUCGAGGGGGCUGAGGGAAGGCAGCGGCGGCCGAAGGGGGCAGAUACGCCGCAGCAUGGAGACACGCAGUUACUAGACCGAGAAUAUCAGAGGUUUAUGGAAGCCUUAGAAGUCGCGGAGGCCCAGGUUCAGUCCCGCAGCACCACGCCCGUCCGUGCAGAAGACACAGAGGGAAAGAGAGCGGAAGAGAAGGAGAAGGUGAAGCUGAGCAGCGAGGGCUGGAGCCAGGAGAGCGAGGUGGACGAGGAGGUCGGGAACACAAGUAUGGUGAAGAAGAGCAGAAAACAGAAAGGGGAAGAGAAAGAGAAAGCCCGUAAGAGGAAGAGAUCCCCCUCCACUCUCUCCUCCGCCAGCGACGAUGAGGAGGUCAAGCGGAAGAAAGCCAAGAAGAAGACAAGUAAAAAGUCAAAAACGAAGCUGGCGAAACGGCGACGCACGGAGAAGAAAUAUAUGAAGAAGCUGAGAGAAAAACAGAAGAAGAAGAAAGCUAAAGCGGUGAAGAUCUCUGAAGACGAGGAAGAAUCACCCAAAAAGAAAUUAAAAGACAAGAAAAUUAAAAAGAAACAAAAGUUAAAAAAGAUCCAAAAGAAGAAGAAAAAAGCAAAAGUAUCUAGCAGCUCAUCCAGCAGUUCAUCCAGCUCCGACUCCGACACCAGAAAGAAAAAGAAGAAAAACAAGAAAAAGAAAGAAGAUUCUUUCGACGUCAACAUUCUUAACAAUAUCAAGACUGAGAAGUUGACAGAUGACGAGAAAUGCCAAAAGAUGAUAGAGGAUUUCUCUCCUAGAAGACAGCAGGAGAAAAGACCGGAGAUUAUCAAUGUGAAAGAGUUGGGGGUUCAGAUAAAGCAGGAGGUGGAAGAAGAAGAGACCAGAGAGGAAACAGAGGCUAUGGAUGAUUUUGAUCUGGGUAACAAUGAUGAGUUUAUGGAUGCCAGUAAUGUGGAGCAAAAUGAAUUCAAGAACAACUUUCAGGAACCCCAAGACCGCUUAACACCGCAAAGACCCGAAGAGAACUCCCAAUGCUCCUCCCAAGACUCGGCCUGCAGCGAGAAACCUCCCUCCUACGAGAAAGACGAGAGUCACCUCCGGCCCUCCUCGCAGAACUCCAACUAUAGCUUUAACGACGUCAUCGCCAGCCAAACUGGACUCUAUAACAAGGGCAUAGAGGCGGAUGACAAUGAAUAUGAACCCGAGAAUUAUGAGAUGUACGAGCAAUUGGCGAUGGCGUAUCAGAGCGAUGUGGCUAGUAAUGAGUAUUUUAACCUUAACCAUAGUUUUAAGUAUGUAAAGAUGAGACAACCCCGGCCCUUGCAGAACUCUAACUAUAGCUUUAACGACGUCAUCGCGUGCCAAUCUGGACCCUAUAAGGGCAUAGAGGCGGAUGACAAUGAAUAUGAGCCCGAGAAUUAUGAGAUGUACGAGCAAUUGGCGAUGGCGUAUCAGAGCGAUGUUGCUAGUAAUCAAGUACCUCUGCCUAGUGAAGAAGGCACGCAGCGAAUAGAGACAGUUGUGCGGCGCCGGCUCGGCGAGAUCAAGUGCGACUGGCGCGCCGGCGCCGCGCCGCCGCCGGGGGCCGGCGCCGCCGCCAGGCCCAGCCGCUGGGGUGAGUGUGCAGCGCGGAGUAGAGACCGUGGUGCGGCGUCGGCUCGGCGAGAUCAAGUGCGACUGGCGCGCCGGCGCCGCGCCGCCGCCGGGGGCCGGCGCCGCCGCCAGGCCCAGCCGCUGGGAUCAAGUGCGACUGGCGCGCCGGCGCCGCGCCGCCGCCGGGGGCCGGCGCCGCCGCCAGGCCCAGCCGCUGGGGUGAGUGUGCAGCGCGGAGUAGAGACCGUGGUGCGGCGUCGGCUCGGCGAGAUCAAGUGCGACUGGCGCGCCGGCGCCGCGCCGCCGCCGGGGGCCGGCGCCGCCGCCAGGCCCAGCCGCUGGGGUGAGUGUGCAGCGCGGAGUAGAGACCGUGGUGCGGCGUCGGCUCGGCGAGAUCAAAGACCGUGGUGCGGCGUCGGCUCGGCGAGAUCAAGUGCGACUGGCGCGCCGGCGCCGCGCCGCCGCCGGGGGCCGGCGCCGCCGCCAGGCCCAGCCGCUGGGGUGAGUGUGCAGCGCGGAGUAGAGACCGUGGUGCGGCGUCGGCUCGGCGAGAUCAAGUGCGACUGGCGCGCCGGCGCCGCGCCGCCGCCGGGGGCCGGCGCCGCCGCCAGGCCCAGCCGCUGGGGCUUGAAGCCGGGCGAGGUGAACAUCGUGCUGACGGGCGGCUCGGACUGCACGCCCGAGCGCGUGUACCGCAUCCACACCAUCACCAGCCGGAGCGACAACAGCUCGGGUAGCUACGAUGAAGCGUACAUGGACACAUACGGGGCGAUGGACCGGCUGCAGUACGGCGACUGCUUCUCCGCGGCCGACGCGCAGUCGCAGUCGCAGGAGAAGGACAGGCGCGGGACACUGGACGAUAGGAUCGAUCAGGCGUUGAGGCACACUGUAUUGGGUGAGAUAGCGAUGGAGCCCGAAAAUAAAGAUUCGGACGCUGACAAGGACAACAGAGAGAAAGGGAUACUGAUCACUUCGGGCGGCGGGCGCGGCGUGAAGCGCGUGAGCUUCGCGGACGGGUACACGCCGGGGCAGGACUCCGACACCGAGCAGCCGCCCGCCAAGAAGCGGGCGCGGCGCGCGCGUGUGGGCUGCGCGUGGCCGUGCCCGGCGUCGCACGCGGACCACGUGCCGCUGUGGGACGCGCUGCCCCCUCCCCCGCCGCCGCCCGGCUCGCCGCCGCCGCCCGCGCGCGCCGCGCCGCCGCUGCACCUGCUGCGCGCGCGCCGCCCGCCCGCCGCGCCGCGAGCCCCGCCGCACCCGCAACACAAGUUCGACCCCAGCGUGCCAAUGCCCGCGUUCAUGCCGCCGGAGCCGCCGCCCGGGCUCAUCUCCUUCCAGUAGUCGCCCUGAAAUCGACUGUUACUAAAUGACUUGACAAUGACCGUUGAAUAAAACAUGUUGAACUGA